CAGAAAACGCCAGAUUCAUCCGCGAAAAUCAUCAGUCUAUGGAUAGCGGCGGCGGCGGCAGCAAAUUGAUUAAUUCUGUGAUUGUGUUGCAACUCUCUUAGUUUUUUCUCUUGAAGAAUCGGAUCUGCGGCUGCCCUUCCAGAACGUACGUGAAUGUUUUCUCAACGAUGUUUGGAGAAGGAAGGAAUUUGAAAAACGAGCACAAAGGAAAACAUCACACUUGCAUGGUCUCUAGGGAUUGAAUAUAUGUAUAACUUGUGUCAAAGCAUCUGGAAUUGAUUAUUGACAAGCUAACAGAAGAAAGCAAUAUGGAAAGAACACCGGCUGCUUCAGCCAUGCAGUGGAGCAUAGAUCUUGAGAAAGGCCUCCGUUCUAAACGCCCUGGUGAAGCAAUACUUCAAAUUGGUCAGAAACUUGAAUGGUGGGAUAGAGACUCUUUUAUUACAGAAGCCGAAUGCAAAUUGUUUGGCUUGAUACCUGGAGAGGAUAAGCUAUUUGCUGAUGCAAUCUUUCUUAGGCUUGCUCAUGCAUUCAACUCGGGGGACAAACACACAAGGGCAUGCAUUGUAAAGAUUUUUAUGUGGCAGAGAAGGAGAUGGAGUGGCCAUGACAGAAAAAGUAAUCGUGGCAUUAUAUCCAAGGGUAACUUAGAAAGCCAUGUCGAGCUUCUAAAAAGAGUGAAGUCUGUAUUCUACACUGGGGAUUCAGAAGAAAGAGCUAUGGUUUUGGCUCUAUUGGGCUGCUGGGCAGGUUUUGCCAAAGAUAAUGCAGAUAUAAGAUACCUUAUCCUUUCAAGUUUGGUUUCAAAUGAUAUAAUGGAGGUAAAGGCAUCUUUGUUUGCUGCUGGAUGCUUUUGCGAAUUAGCUGAUGAUUUUGCUGCUGUGCUAUUGGAGAUGCUUGAAAAUUUGAUGUCACGUGAAGCAUCAAAGGCUAUAAGACAGGUGUAAAGCUGAUGUUAGAAUCCCGCCAAGAAGAAGAAUUUUGCAAAAUUGUGCUGAUUUCACUUUCAAAAAUUGCUUCAAAAUGGACCAGCUUGAUUCCUGUACAGGUAGAAUUGCUUAUCUCGUUUUUGUCAGAGGAGGUAGCUUCAUGCCUGCAAGCUAGUGCAUUGAAAUGCCUGAACUUUAUGUUAUGCCAUGGAGUUAUCAUCCCUGAAAGUACUGCAGACAGAGUCCUGAAGUUUCUCGAUGUUCUGAAUGAGUCCAAGCUAUCUCCAAAUUUGCAGUGUGUAGCAUGUAGUAUUUUGUACAAGGUGUUCUUGUAUAAUCUACACAGAAUUCCUCAUGCUGAGAUAUUGAUCAUUUUCUCCAGAUUCUUAUCAGUUGUAAGUCUCAUUUCAGAAUCCCCAGCUGUUAUCUCAGAGAGGUUCUUAGCCUUUCAUAACUUAGCAGAUAUUUGUGACAAACUUCUUGAAAAAUCGGAAGAGGAAUCAUCAGGUCAUAUAGGUUCCACUGUGGCAUCAAGAAUAAUCUCAUUUGCCAUGGACCGCUUCUCUCUCUUGGUUAAAUCGAAUAAAGACGUUCUUACUCAGGGAAUACUUUCUUUUUACCACAGUGGAGAAAUCAAAGCUCAAGAUGCUGCGAAUUUGCAAAACUUUGUAGAUAUGCUUUUACAAUGAUUCUUAACCUGCGAACUGAGGUGGUUACUUCUAGUAGAUCACUAGAUGGUGACCAUAAGAAAAUCGACAAAUCCAAGAUUCUCAGUCACUCUUCCAAGCUGAUGUUCAGCUUUCUAUCAAUAUGGAUCCGGAUUCCUUGGCGGACUCCCAAACACUUCUUUCAAAUGAGGCCAUGUGUUGGCUCUGAGCUGUUCUUGCUGGGAGAAGACGGAGAAAAGGUAAACCGUUUAUCGGUCUCAUCUGGCUUCCUUCUCCAUCUAAACUUAUGCCUUCAACUCAAAAACAUGCCGAGCAAGAUCUCAAAGCUGUACUGCGUUCUUCACGCGAGAUCAUCAAAAACCCCAUCCCAGGACGAAGUUGAUGACAUGAUAUAUCUGAAUCAAAAACUAUUGGAACACACCAGAGGUAAUAAUAUUCAUGAUGAUGAUGAUGAUGAUAUUAGAGGAGGGGUUUUCAGUUUUGUGUGCUUUGAGGUUAAGAGUGAGAAAUGGCAGCAAGGAUUCUCUACCUGUUUGCUUGAUACUUCUGCAUUUCCUGUUGGUUCUUAUGAAAUCAAAUGGCAUAGCUGUUGUAUUGACAAUGAAGGUUCAUAUUGGAGCUUCAUCCCUGUCCUUGCUAGCAGCUUUGCCUUCUCCAUGGUGUAAUACUUGUAGUUGCAGAUUAUUGAAAAAUCACCCUAAAUAGGACUAAAACAUAAAAAAAGUACCAAAAUAGGACUUCGAUGUUUUUAUUCUCGAAAUAAGAGUUUGCAUUGUGGUAAUGUGGAGAUAAUGUGUCAUUGUACACGUGCACAUUACUAUACUUUGUGAUAAUGUACAUGACCACGUGUCCACAUUUGGUAAUGUAAAUGCAUUUUAACUCCUAUUUCGGGAAUAAAAACUUGGAAGUCUUAUUUUGGUAUAUUUUUAAUGUUUUAGUCCUAUUUUAGUCCUUUUCCCCGAUAAUUUUCUCUUGUAACACCUCCCACAAUAUUUAUUUAUUGUAAAUGCAACUUAAAGAAAUUAAUUAGCAUUAA